AGCAUCCAGAGGAGAAAAAAAUAGAGAGCAAAUAGAACAAGAAUGCGAAUCAAGUUCGUGCCGAAGUCGCGUUGUGGCGAAUUUUUUAAGCGAGUCGAAUGGUAGGAAACAAUCACGACGACGAAAACACGCAGAGAAAAAUCACUUCAAUGAUGAAUUCAAAACGAAAGAUGCAGUUCACUCUGAAGGUUGGAGGACUUGAAGAAAAUGCUUCAAUCAUGAAAAAGCUCAAGGAAUUUGUGACCAGAAAUCUUCUCCUAUUGGUGACAGUGUCAGGAGUGAUUUUUGGAGUCAUAUUUGGUUUUGGACUAAGACCACUUGGCCUUUCACCCACUGCAAUCCUCAUCAUGUCUUACCCUGGAGAGAUUUUCAUGAGGCUCCUGAAGCUGAUGAUUCUACCUCUUGUGGUAUCUUCAUUAAUUUCAGGAUCUGCAUCAUUGAAUGCCAAGAUUAGUGGGAAAAUUGCCCUGAGGACCAUCAGUUACUUCUUGGCAACAUCCCUGCUGAAUGCUGUCCUGGGCACAGUUCUGGUGGUUUUGAUCCAUCCUGGACAACAGUUUGACUCCAGCAUAGCACCCAACACCAAGCAAGCUGCUUCAAUUCUGGACAGCUUCUUGGAUCUUGGCAGAAACUUAUUCCCUGACAACCUGUUCCAAGCGACAUUUGAGCAGACCCAAACAGUGUACAUUGACAAGACGGUCUUGAUUGGGAAUGGAACUGCUGCCAUGGAAAUAGUGGAAAGAGUCAGGAACUUGACCUACAGGUUGACACCCUUGGGAGUCGCAAGUGUAAUUUGUGGCAAGAUUUUGGACAUGGCAGACUUGGCAGAAACCAUUUCCCAACUGGCUCUGUUCAUUCUCACAGUUCUCCUGGGGGUCUUCACUUACCAAUGGGUCAUCAUCCAACUUCUCUAUUUCUUCUUUGUUCGGAAGAACCCCUUCAAGUUUUACUGGGGUCUGGCCCAGUCCUGGUUCACGUCUUUUGCUACCGCUUCAACAGCUGCUGCUUUGCCAGUGACAUUCAGGUGUAUGGAAGAAAACAACAACGUGGAUGAGAGGAUUUCGAAAUUUGUCCUCCCAAUUGGAGCCACAGUCAACAUGGAUGGCACUGCCAUGUUUGUCUCAGUUGCAUCCAUUUUCAUUGCUCAGAUCAACUCCAUCCAACUGGACCUGGGCCAAUAUGCCACUGUG